CCAAGGCGGAGAGCUUCCGGUGUACUUUUAUUCGCUUUCCUUCCGAAAAAAACUAAUAAACCCACUCGUUUCUCUUCGAGCCUCCCAACUCGGGCCUUCCCUUUCUCUCUCCGAGUCUCCCCCACUCCCACUCGCAGCCACUGCGACAAGGCCAAUGGCGACAGGCCUAGAACAAAGACCAAUAGAAGAAGACGAGGAGGAGGAGGCCCUAGUCGAAGAAAAAAGAGAAGAAGAAGAAGAAGCUCCUUCGCACCUCCCCCUCGCCCCUUCUUCUUCUGAGUUAUUUGAUGUAUCAACAACAGUUGAUCCCAGUUAUAUUAUCUCUCUCAUAAGGCGUCUUUUGCCAAGCAAUUCAAGUGUGGAGAAACAAUGUCAGGGGGGAGAUGACAAGGAUUCUUCUGUCCAAGCAUCAGAAAUGAAUUAUCUGGAGCAAAACUUGAGGAAUAAAUUGACUGCUACACAGGUGCUUGAGGAUCUUGUUUCAGAUAAAAGUUUGGCUGAUAGUCAUGAAGGGAAGCUUGAUGACCGAAUUAUUAGCCCAGAAAAUUCCCUUGCUUCUUCUAAGGGCAAUGGGAUGAACCAUGAAUUUGGAAAGGAAGAAAGGAGUCGUGGUUUUGAUGAUGGGCAAUCUGGAGUUGCAGAAACCAAAGACCCAUGGGAGGAUUGUGGCUGCACCCUGUGGGAUCUUUCUGCUAGUAGGACUCAAGCUGAAUUCAUGGUGAAUAAUUUCAUACUUGAAGUGCUUCUGGCAAACAUGCAUGUUUCCAAAUCUUCCCGGAUGACAGAAAUUUGCUUGGGAAUCAUUGGGAACCUAGCAUGCCAUGAAGUUCUAAGCAAUGCGAUAGUGUCUACAAGUGGUUUGAUUGAAACAGUAGUUGAACAGUUGUUCCUAGAUGAUUCCGCUUGCCUUUCUGAGACAUUCAGGUUGUUAGCUGCUGGUCUCCAGGGUAGUGGGUCCAUUUCUUGGGCUGAAGCCUUGCUACAUGAUCAGAUUCUUCUACGUGUACUCUGGAUAGUUGGGAACACACUAAACCCUACUCUGUUAGAAAAGAGUAUUGAGUUUUUGUUGGCCAUCAUUGAUACUCAAGAAGUGGCAACUAUUCUGAUUCAACCUUUAAUGAAGUUGGGUUUGCCAGAGCUUGUCGUUAGUCUAUUAGCAUGUGAGAUAAACAAAUCAGGGGAUGAUAGCAAACUGGAAAGGUCGUCUAUUCUUGAUCUAGUUCUUCGCUUGGUUGAAACACUUUCUGUUAUUAAUAAUUGUUCACAAGUGAUAUCUUCAAAUGAAGAACUUUUCCAUUUAGUUUGUCGUGUGGUCAAGCUACCUGAUAAAUUUGAGGCUGCUAGCACUUGUGUUUCUGCUGUUGUCGUAAUUGCAAAUCUUUUAGUCGACAUGCAGCACCUCAUAUCAGAGCUUUCACACGAUUUUUUGUUCCUACAGGGUCUGCUGGACAUCUUACCUCUUGUUUCUUACGAUUUGCAAGCCCGGAAUGCACUUUGGUGCAUCCUUGCAAGGUUGUUGGCUCACAUUCAGGAGAGUGAUAUCAGCAUAUCAACUCUGCGCCAAUUUGUGUCACUCUUCUUGGAAAAAUCUUACCUUAUAGAAGAAGACCUGGAAGGUCAUCCAAUGGAUAAUUUGGUAGAGGACUUGGAGAACUCUAAUGCUCACAAGAAAUCAGGUGCAACGGCCACUUCUAUUAGGAGAAUUGCCAGUUUAAUAGAGAAAUGGAUGGCAGAAAAGCCUUCUGUUUUGGAGAAAGAUGUUGCAGGGACCGACGAUGAUGAUGGCAAAGCUCACAGGUUGCUGAAUUGCUGUCAGAAAUAUGGUCUAUAGAUGAAUUCUUUUCUCCCAUCAUGUUAUGGAUGCAAUUUCAACGUUGGAAAAUAACACUGUAAAUUACUUCAAAAAUUAUGAUGUUUGUAAAUUACUGCGCCCCUGCCGGCAUUGCUGUCAAUUUUUUUUAAAAAAAAUAGAAACAGGAAUCUGUCUCCACCUUUUUUUUUUU